AUGUCAGCAAAAGUCGCUGCCUCGCCGCUGUGGGCUAUAAUCGCCGAUGAGACUACAGUCAGGGCUCACCGGGAGCAGCUGGUGAUCGCGGUGAGAUACUUGGACCAAAAGGAUGGGAAAGACGUGCUGCGCGGGGGCCCGGUCAGCCUCGCAGACGUCUUCCAGAGGCUGAACGCCGCAGAAACGGAAAGCGAGGUCAAGCUGUCCGGUCAAAACCUGGUAAAAAUUGUACUCGAAGCUGUGGACCGCCUUCACCGGGACAAGAAGUGCCUCAUCGCGCAGUGUUACGACGGUGCUGCCGCCAUGUCCAGCAUGAAGGCUGGCGUGGCGGCCCAUGUCCAGCGAGAGGCACCCCUGGCCCACUACUACCACUGCGCGAUGCACGGCCUUAACCUCGCCGCAUCCAAGAUGAGCUCGGUUCGUGCGGUGAGGAACGCACAAGGAACGAUGGAGACAGUCAUAGCCUUCGUGGCCGACGGCGCCAAGCGCUCCGUGGUCCUACAGCAGGCACAGAAGAGAACAGGUCAGAGUCAACAGCGCCUGAUCAAGCUGUGCGUGACUCGAUUUGUCGAGCGUUACACGUCUGUCCGUCGCUUCUGUGAACAGUUCGCAGCCAUCGCGGACGACCUGCGUCUCAUGACCGACUGGACCGACGCAAUCACCAUAUCAAAGGCGAAUAUGUUCCUGAAGGCCAUGGCGGCUUCGGACUUCCUGGUGGCCAUCGUGACCAUGAAGGAGCUGGGCAGUCUGCUGCGACCAGUAUCCCUCAAGCUACAGCAACCGGGUGAAGAUCUGAUCCAGACGCUCGGCUUGGCGAGGACCACCAUCAGUACACUCACUGACCUGCGCACCGGCAGUCAUCGUUCGGGUCUUCUUUCUUCGUUCGAUGAGCUGAUGGCCGAAGCGCAGAUGAUGGCAGAAGAGCUGGACACAACCAUCGAGAGGCCGCGGAUCCCUGCGCACCGCUCUACCGUCAGAGCGAACGUGGGCGACGACCUGGGCGUCACCGGCUACUUCCGCGUGAAUGUGUACUUCCCAGCCAUCGACGCAGUGCAGCAGGACAUGGAGGAGAGCGGCGUGUGA